UCUGACAAUAGAAAACAAGUGUUCCUUUCCAUAAUCACCAAAACUCAAAUUUAGGAAGAAACGAUCAGAGACAUUAAAGGGAUUCGAUAUCUUCCCUCCUCGUUCCAAGUUCUACAUCCAAACAACCAUUUCUCUUCCACUAUAACCAUCAGAGACUUUAAAGGGAAACGAUGUUGGACCCUUUGAAAACCUGGAAAUUCCUUGUUUCAUCCCUCACCAUCAAACCUGUUGAUCUCUUGGUUUUCUUGUUGAAAGCAAUUCUAGCUAUUCUCACCCUUGCUUCCAUUUCUCUGUUUUUUCACUUUGCUUUCUCUAAUCAAUAUAUUUGGUUCUCUUCUUCGAUCUUCAAUAAAAACCAGCAGCAGAAGUUCAUUGCCGUGAAUACUUCUUCCGGUCGGGCUUACGCGACCACGAAUUUAUCCCACGUCCUGUUCGGCAUCGGCGGUUCUGCCAAGACCUGGAACGAGCGACGCCGUUACUCCGAACUCUGGUGGAGGCAUAACGUUACCCGCGGGUUCGUUUGGCUCGACGACAAACCUCCUGGCGGUGAAACCUUGCCGCUAACGUCCCCGCCGUACAAGAUCUCUGAGGAUACCUCCAGGUUCAAGUACACAUGCUGGUACGGGUCACGGUCGGCCGUACGGAUGGCUCGGAUAGUGAAGGAAAGCUUCGAACUUGGGUUGGAUAACGUGAGAUGGUUCGUGAUGGGAGACGAUGACACGGUGUUUUUCCUCGAAAAUCUGUUGACCGUUUUGAACAAAUACGACCACAAUCAAAUGUAUUACGUUGGUGGGAACUCGGAGAGCGUGGAGCAAGACGUGAUACACUCUUACAACAUGGCGUACGGUGGCGGCGGAUUCGCCAUCAGCCACGCUUUGGCGGCCGAGCUCGUUAAGGUCUUAGACGGCUGCAUUGAUCGGUACGCGUCGUUUUACGGGUCGGACCAGAAGGUUCAAGGUUGCAUGAGCGAGAUUGGAAUUCCGGUCACUAAAGAGCUUGGUUUCCAUCAGGUUGAUAUACGAGGGAACCCUUAUGGUUUAUUAGCGGCUCAUCCUUUGGCACCAUUGGUGUCACUUCACCAUCUCGAAUACGUUGAACCCAUAUUUCCGGGUAUGACCCGGAUCGAAUCACUUAAGAAGCUAAUAGCCGCUUACGAAAAGGAUCCAAGUCGGGCCCUACAGCAUAGUUUCUGUUACGACUUGAAGCGUAACCGGUCCGUUUCAGUGUCGUGGGGCUACACCGCGCAGUUGUACCCGUAUCUAGAUACACCCAAGAAGCUUGAAACGGCGUUUUCAACGUUCCAAUCAUGGAGGACAAGGAAAAACGGACCCUUCACUUUUAACACCCGACCCGUGGAGAAAGACCCGUGUGAGAGACCCGUCACGUAUUUCUUGGAUCGCGCGGAGAGCGUCAAAGGGGAUAGGACCCUGACCAGAUACGCGAGGCACGUUGAAGAGUCGGUCAAAGAAUGUGAGAGGCCGGACCAUACUCGGGCUUCGGGCGUCAAAUUCAUCGGCGUCUUGAGUGCCAAGUUGGACCCUGCCAUUUGGACCAUGGCACCACGUAGACAAUGCUGUGAAGUCAUCAACGGCGGAGAAGGGGCGGACCACCUGGUCCAGGUCAAGAUCAGAGGUUGCCAUAGGUUCGAGGCGGUGACUCCUCCGUAGAACGUGCCAAAUUAACAUUGACCACAAAGGGUAUACGGUCAAGGGGCAAUGCCAAUUGCCUGCCGUGUAAAUAAGGGAUAAUUCUGCAGUUGGAUUCCAUCUCCCCGGUUUUACUUA